AUGGACAGCCUUCCCCCGCAGCCCAGGGUCAGCACACACGACGGCAGCCCCUCGCAGCUCUGGAGCCACGCCCUAGUGUUCAAAACCAGGUCUACUGUGGGUCCUUCCUUCACUAGCCUCCACACCACUUCUGCGACCACCAGCUCUUCCUCUUUGCCACCCGUGGUUUGCUACAACGGAGGAGAGUGGAAUGGAAAAGAAUGCGCCUGUCCCCAAGGCUACUUUGGUUACCAGUGCCAGUCCCUCCUGUACUCCUUCCCCAUAGAAAUCCCAGAAGUCAUCAACGCCACUGUAACUGUGAUAGUGAAAGUGAUUCACAGGAACUUCACACAAGAUCUGAAUAACGUGUCCUCCCCGGCAUACCAGAACUUCUCAGCCCUUUUCAAGCAGCAGAUGGACAAAGUUUAUAUGGGUAAUGACCUUUCCGAGUACAGAGAGGUGAUCAUUAGGAAACUGCUCAACGGCAGCAUCGUGGUGGAGAGUGACGUGGUCCUGGAGGCUGGCUACACCUCGGAGUAUCAGACGCUCUUUUCAAACCUCAAAAAUAUCGUGAUGGCCAAGAUCAAGAACGAGACCAGUGUGAUCCCGACUAACAUUUCCAAAUGCCAAGAUUCCGUACUGUGUUACAACGGAGAGGCCACCGUCGUGGAUGGGACUGUGAAGCUGGGCUUCGACCCCCAGGAGCAAUGCGCCCGGGGAGCUGCCAGGGGCUAUGCCCAGUUCUACUAUGUGGACGAACUGGACGGGAGGCUGGCCUGCGUGACCAAGUGCACCCCGGGGACGAAGUCACAACUCAACUGUAACCUGGGCGAGUGCCAGCUACAGCACAGUGGCCCCCACUGCCUGUGCCCGAACACGGACACACACUGGUACUGGGGAGAGACCUGUGAGUCAAGUCUCAGCAAGAAUCUUGUGUAUGGAAUAGUGGGGGCCGUGGUGGCAGUACUGCUGGUCAUAAUGGUCAUCCUGACUGUCUUCCUUGGCCGAUCCCAGAGGAAACUGCACAGGCGGGAGUACGAUCCAUCUCGAGAGUGGCAGAGAGAAGGCAUUCCCGGCACCUUCCAGAAUUCAGGCGUCUGGGAAGACAGGACUCUGAGGGAAGACAAGUUUGGCCUUGAGAAUGGCUACAGCCACUUCCGACCCUCCCUGGAGAAGGUUGACCCCGCUGCAGAGCUCCACAUUCAGAAGCCAGAAGUGGUGACGACCACCCUGUGA